UCUCCAAUUCCCAGUGAUGAAAAGGUGAUUUGCUGUGAGAUGACAACAUGAAGCUUCAUGCAGAAUAGUCAAUCUGCAGCUCUACUUGGCGCAGCUGCUUUGCUUCAGUCUGUCCUCAAGGGACAGCUGCCCCCCGCGUCAUGGGAAAUGACGCAUCCACUGGGAGAAGUUCGAAAGGGCCGAGGAGUGGCAAGCUCCUGGUCGCCGGAUGGCAAAAGAGAAAACUACCGACGCAGCUCUUCGGCGUGGUUCGCCACGCCGAGCGCGCGGAUGGCGUCUUCGCCUUUUGGGAGGGUGGCCGGUGGUCGAGCUCAGAGGACGGCCGCAGGUUUCCUUUGGAUCCACCUUUGAGCGAUUCAGGCCUGGAACAGGCAAAGAGUUUAGGUGCCUGGAUCGAUGAUUAUGCUCAGAAGAAGGACUCCAAGUUCCACGUGGUCGUUUGCUCACCCUAUUCGCGGUGUGUACAGACUGCCGUGGGGAUUUGCAAUCGUUUAGGCCCCAACGUGAAGAUGCUCAUAGACCUUUCUUUGGGAGAAGUCUAUGGCCCUUCAGUGAUGGGAGAGGCCGAGCCUCGAUCACACUUGCGUGCCUUUUCUGUGGCAGCGGAAUAUUGCCGAGCCAACCAAAUCAACGUGGUCCGCCGGGUCGUCGGCGAAGCACCGGCUUGGCCCGAAACACUGCAAGACGCGCGUCGUCGAUUCGCGUUGCGAUUCUUGCAAUACCUUCAGCGAGGGGUGACGGCCAAGCGGAACUUUUUGAUCGUCACCCACGGCGACUGCAUUGGAUCGGUGAUGGGAAUCAUGCCCGACCAGCAGGAUGUGAUGGUUGAGAAGGUGGACUAUGGCGCCAUGAUCCUUGGCAGCAGCCAAGCGCAGCACGACCUGCGGCCGCCUGCGCCCAGCUCCAAGGCUAUGGCUUCAGUCCUACCGCUUUCACCGCAGGAGGAAGAGAUGGUUUCAGGUAGAGACGAAUUUAGUCACUUUCAGGAUCGGCUCCAGAGUGUGGAGGAAGCUUUGGAGGAGAUGGAAUCUCUUCAGGAGCUGCAAGCUGACAAAUGGGCCAUGCCCGUAGACUCUACCACUCGCAGCGACGAGCAGUCCCACGUGGCCAAGCUCACUCAGAAGGCUAUGACUGGCUGGCAAUGUGAGACCAUGAACAUCACCACCAGAUCAAAGAAAAGUUCUAAGAGUACCAAGCUUGUGAAGCGGCUGAAUGCCUUGGUAGAGUCUGGCCCCUUCUCGAUGCAGAAAAUCGAGAAGUUGUUGGGCGCCAUUCCACAGACUCCGCUGGGUGACAGCACGCCAUACAGCUCCACUCCUUUAGCAGCCAACUACAGCGGCACGCUGACCAUUCAGUCGGGGCUUUCCGCGUCCACCUAUCUCUUUGGACAGAGUGAGGUGGACUCUGAGGACUUUGGUUCUGGCCUUUGUUCUCCUUCCGAGGGUGAUGGUCGACGUGUGUUGAGCUCGAACCUGGACAUCAAGACCAGAGAUCGGCCUCAUCCCAACUAUCGCUCGGCUUCUGCAGCGGAGAAGCUGUCCAUGAAGCACUACACCUCACCGUUGGAAGGGGUCUUGGAGCUGGAAGAGAGGGAAAAUAGCCUCAGAGGCCAACAGGUAGAACCUCCACAGAAGUGGUGGCCAUUAGACGCAGAGGGCAGUCCAAGCAGCGGAGGCUCUAGAGGCUCCACAGGCUCCAAAAAGAAAGCAGAAAGCCGUGUGAGCUUGAUGAGCAGCAACAGCCUUCUCAACAUGGUGAACGAGGCGGAGGAAGAGUCUGACAUCAUCAACAAGCCCAAGGAGGAGAGCAAUGGAAAGAGCACCGUGCUGAAGUGCGGAAUAGGUGGCGCUGGCUUGACGCUCCGGGAGAGUCCGUCCGAUGCCAACGCCAGCCCCGCAGGUGACAGGUUCUCUACAGCCAGCUGCAAGACUGCGGAGCCUUUGGAGAAACCCAAGCUAGCUGCUCCUGUAGGAGCCUCGAGCCUCCUGGCACGGCGGCGCGCCAGUCUAAAUCUGAAACCUUUGGGCGAGUGAGAGAUGCUCCAGUUCAAGAGGAGAAGGAAGUCUCAUGGGAGCAGCCUGGUCACUUGGGAAUGUUUGAAGGAAGUCUCAUGAACAUGC